AUGGCAACAAUGUCUUCGGAUAUGGUGGAAGUCGACGAUCCGGAAGCUGGCGAAAAAUUUCUAGUUCAUGUCGAUCGCACAGUGAAUGGUGUCUUUGCACAUAAUGCCUGGGCUCAAUUAAAAGCAGCAGAAAUCAGCGAAGCCGAGUUGGAACAAGUGAUUCAAAGUGAAGGUUUGGAAAGCGAUGAACAAACACACAUUUUUAGAAAAUUUUUAUCAAUGGCUACAAAUUUCUCUUCGGCUAAUUUCAAUGAUCGUUUAAAUAGUGUGCCAAAAGUGGUACAAAGUAUUGCUGAUCUUCUCGAUGCCAUGCGCAAGGAGGUCCAAGAGUAUGCUGAUUUUGCUAAUCAAUUUCAAGAACUUGUUGCCAUGUAUGGUAAACUUGUAAUCGAUACACAACAUCAAAUGGGUUUACUUUUGCCGCAUAUGUCAGCAGCUAAAGAUCAUCUUUCUGUAUUAGCUGACGUGUUCGAAUCGAAUGUAAAUACGUUAACAGCGACCGAUCAGGGUGAUAUCAAAAUUGCCAUGAAUGGUCUAGCGAAAGGUAUGCAGCAAAUGAUCAAUGUAUCACACAGCAGUGGCCAAGAAAGUCGACAGCUGAACGAGCGCAUCACAAAAUUAAAAACGAAAGUACAGAAAAAGCGUGGAACCGUUCAUGGACGAGUUUCUCUAUCGAAAGCUCUUAGUUAUCUUGGCCCGUUAGCUGGCGCUAGUAUUGUUGCGCGUGUUGUCGGUACGUUAGUUGCAAUGAAAGAAUUCGGCGGAGCUGGAAUGCUUGUUGUAGCUGGUUUUAGUUUGAAUCCGAUUGUAGCAAUUAUAUGUGGUGCACUACUUGGUGGUACACUUAUUAUAACAAUCGCAUCUCUGGUUUACCGCUUUUGGACUCGACAUCAAUAUAAAGCAUUGGCGUUUCUCGAAAAGAUUUGUUCGGGACUCAUGGAAUUAGCACAAGCAAAUAUGUUCUUUCUUGAUUAUCUCAACAAGAGCGAAGAGGCUGCAAAUACAAUUAGCGUACAACUUGACCAAGUUCAAAAUUCACUAACCAGUGAACGAUAUCGUAAACAGAAUGCAAAAGUCUGCAAGAAAGCACUCGAAACAUUAGAACAAGCCGUUCAAAUGAUUGAAACUAUUCGCAAUAUUAACAUAACACGAUGGCUUGAUCCGCAAAGCAUACCACAUUUCGCUAUUCACUCACUUGUUCUACCUGUAACAAUAUCUUAG